AUGAGCAACCAGGGGAAGAAGGAUCAUCAUCCGCUACACCAGAUCGCGGAGAGCGCCACCCACAAGCUGCUCCUGAAGCAGUGGCUCAAGGAGGAGGAGCUCAUCGCUCGGCGGGUGGCCCUCCGGGAAGCUCGCCUCGACGGCCUCCGUGGGGAGAUCGCCUUCCUCUGCUGUGCCUUCUUCGUCUUCCACUCCACCGCCCUCGUCGUCCUCUUCCCUGCGGCCGCCGGCGGCAGUGGCAGCGCCGCCUGCCGCCGCUCCUGGAUCCCUUGUGUGGUGUCUCUGGCCUGCUCCAUGGCGAUGGUGUGGGCCAUCCGGUACAAGUCGGCGGCGGAGAAGCAGGCGGAGAGCUUGUUGCAGAGGGAGGAGGAAGACGGGCGCCUGUUGAAGAGGUGCGUGGAGGAGCUCAAGAGGAAGGGGAUGGAGUUUGAUCUUCUGAAGGAAGUGGACGCCCUCCGGAGGGCGAAGAGCCUCCGGGUUGAGGCCGCCGGCGGCGGCGUCGGCCGCUGGUCGGGGAGGGACUUCACCAUCAUGUUCUUCGUCGCCGCCUCCGGCGGAGUCCUGGUGCUCACCAGGCUGGUGCUCUGCCGCUAG